AUGGACUCUCCCCUGCAGGAAGUUGCAGCUGAUCAUGAGGAUCACUCUGACGUGGACACAUCUCAACUACAAAUACAGAAAGAGCAAAUCGAAGAAGUUAACAAUAAUAUAGAGAGUGUCGAUAUUGAUAACACUAUUCAUGACACCAUAAAUGAACAAGACGUCCUCGAUAUAGCCAGUAGUAUAGUGGAGUCAUUAUACACCGAACAUAGGCAACACUAUGUGGACGACAAUGAGGCCAAUGAUACCAAUGUUAAUGAUGUUGAUGCGGAACAGGCGAUGGAGGCUCAACACAGUAAACAACAAAAGAUAAACAACGAAAUGGACAGAGGUAUCAAUGAUAGUCACGGUGGUGAUAGUGAUCGGGAUGGUCGUAGUCAUAGUAGGGCUGAUGAAGAUAAAUAUGAUUAUGAUUUUGAUCAAGAAGCACUUAUAAAAAACCUAGUUGGAGAUGCAGUUAAAUCUUUAGAGAAGCAGCAUGAAAGAAGGCAGCAAAACCUGAAAGAUGCCGAUAGGUCACCGAUUACGCAUCAUAAUACUGGUAGCGAUGCAAGUGAAGGUGAAAGUGGAAGUGAAGGUGAAAGUGGAAGUGAAGGUGAAAGUGGAAGUGAAAGUGGAAGUGGAAGUGAAAGUGAAAGUGAAAGUGAAAGUGAAAGUGAAAGUGAAAGUGAAAGUGAAAGUGAAAGUGAAAGUGAAAGUGGAAGUGAAAGUGAAAGUGAAAGUGAAAGUGGAAGUGAAAGUGGAAGUGGAAGUGAAAAUGAUAGUGGCAGUAGUGGUAGCGAAGAUGAAGUGGUGGGCAAAUCGCAUCGUAUUGAGACUAAUAGCAGUCAAAACGAAAGUGGUAGCGAAGGAAGAAAUGGAGGAAGUAGUGCUAGGAGCAACAAUUACAAUGCUAACUCGGGCCCCAAUAAUAAUAAGGGUGAAAUAGAGAAUAUUAAACCUCCCAGGAGAAAUAAGCUUCGACGUGAAGAUCUCCAGCACUUAAUUGCAGAUGCCUUGAACACACAGUACCCAGCACACACCGAAGAAAUAGUUGCGAAAACUAAAACACCGUCUUCCGGUCAAAAAAAUAACUUUUCAACAAUAUUCAGUACAAAGGUACAGAGCCAAAAUUCUAACCAAUUUGACGCUGAUGACGAGGCUAAUGUUGAUUUGAUAAAUGCCAUAAAUGAAGCGUUGGAAGAUAAUCGAAAAGAAAUACAGGAAGCAAGUUCUGCUCAAGAUGACGAAGUAGGGUUGGAAGACGCAGUUAAUUACGUACUUAGAAGCAUUGGAUCAGCCAGCGAUAAUAAUGAUCUGAAAAAUAGCAGUGCCUUAAAUGGGCCUCAUCAGGAUAAUAGUGAUGCAGGGAGCUGCAGUGAAGAUAGUGACGACGAUGAGGAAAAGAGGGAUGGCUCAUUAGCUGCAAAGGAACUGAAUGCAGCGAUUGCGGACGCUUUGAACAGUACUAGUUCUGUUCUGGAUCAAAUAAAGCAAAGAGAAACACAUAGUGAGAUGACAGAAAAUCAGUUUGACAAGCUAUAUAAUGAUAUGCAGUCGCUAGUUGGUGAAACUGUUCAAAACUCAAACCACUCUAAGCAAUCUAGACAGCUGAUUAAGAAAGAUUUUCAAGUCAAUAAUGACCAAGAAAAUUCCGACGUAAUCCAUGAUAUUGAUCUAAACGACGUCAUGUUGUCAGCUCUUAAUGAAGCAAAUACGAAGAAGGUGGAUGACACGAUGGUAACUUCUGAACUCGAUGAUGCCAUAAAGGAGGCUCUUUUAGCUGUUCCUGUAGACUUUAGAUCUCAGGCGGAUAAUAUCAAAACUUCACAAGUGGGUUCGUUGCAUAGGCAAGAUGCUAUUGACCCUGAAAAUGAGAUUUCUAAGGAUUUUACCAAUGCCAUCACUGAUGCUCUAAAAGACAGUGGUUUGCAUGAAAAGGAGCACGAUACUACGGGUAUUGUGUCCACGAAUGAGAUUGACUUUGAAUCUGCAUUGAAGAAUGUUGUCAACGAUGUAAUUGAAGAAACUUUGGCUGGCGAAGAAAAUGGUGAGAGCCGUGAGCAGGGUGAAAGCGGCAAUUCAGACAAGGAAAAUGAUUACAAUUGGGAUGCAAUCAUGGGAAAUGCUUUUGAGAUGGCAAUGGAGUAUCCACAUGGUCUAAAUUUCCAAGUAAGUGAUAACCUUUCGUGCCAUGUUCCUCGAAAAAACCAGGUUAGCAAAGAAAUCAGUGAUUCUUCUGACAAAAAUAAUGCUAUCCGAAAAUUCGCAUCUAAGCAGGUAACCUCUGAUGUGGCAAAGGGUGUAUUGCAGAAACGAGAGAAACCUAAAAGCUCCCAUGCACCUGAUAAAAGAAAAUCAAUUAUCAUCGAAAGCGUAAGCAAUCUUUUGGAGAAAAUAGACCUUGUUAAUUUGCGUCCUUCUGAUAUUCUAAAACUCCAAUCUUCACAACUAGAGCUAAUAAAAAAACAAGUUGGCUCCACAAUAACCACUUUAAUCCAAUCGAAAUCCCAAACCAGCAGGGAAGAAAGGCCCAAGUACAUAGCUGAUGAGAAAGAACGAAUUCGGUAUGAAAACAGAGAGCGGAAGAAGCGUUGGAGAGAGUUUAACAUAGAAAGAAACAGAGAUAAUGAUUUAAGAACCAGAGUCAUUAAAAGAGCCAAUCAGCUGUAUCCUAAUCCUGAACAUGCCGAGCUUAAACAGCAAUGGAUAACAGAAGAGUUUAAGAGGCGGAAGGAAAAGAGGUUGGAAAGAGAGCAAAAACAGAGUUUGACAAUUAAUGAAAUCAAGCAUUUUGAUUCUAAGGAUGCCUAUCCAUUUGACAAUUUUUUUCAGAAGGACGGGAAUAUUUCAAGAAUUGUUGAAAUCUACAAUGAAAUGGGUGGUAUGGUUUCAAAGGAAAAGUUGUUGUCUUCAGACUCCGAUAAAGCUGUUCGCAUAAAUUCCAUAGCAUCUGUAUUGACUGCUGGCUAUUGGCUGUCUUCUGGUAAUCAAAAGGUUGAGACAGAAGAAAUCAAAUUGAUAGUGCAUUCAUUAGUCUUGGCACUUGAUAAAUAUCUAUCUAUGAGAGACAUAAGUGAUCCUUCAAAACUAACUAGGAUUGCCAAAAACUCGGAAAAUUCUUCUACUGGUUCAUGGGAGAUGCCUUUGGUUGAACAAAACCAGAUAGGCCUAUCUGUUGCAAGAAAGCCAGAUACAACAUUAGGCACACCCGCAAAAACAAGAGGUUUCCGAAUGGAAAAUAAGUCUAUGAAGAUUGCUCCUAUAAGUGGUGGUGUUUCCUUUAAAGUAACAAAAUCACGUUCUCUCAAUAAAUCAGCAGAUACAAUAGGUUCUACUAUAGACAUUAGUGGUAAUGAUUUGGAUAAACAUUUGAAAGUGAACACUUUUACCUUUCAUACUGCAAAGAAAAAUAAAGGAAACAACGAAACAAGAAAAGAAAUUGCGGUGAUUGAAGAGAAUAAAAAGCCAGACAAACCUCGAAGAAGGCCGCCUCCUCCUGUUGUGGUUAACUUUGAAAAGUUCUUAUCCCCAAAGCCACCUCCAGAAAGUAUUUUGAAGAGAAAAAUAGGUGAGGAGAAUAAAUCUGAAAAUGUACCCAAUACAAAAAGGCCAAAGAUUCAAGAUCCAAGCGACAACCAGCAAAUUCCCGAACUUGGCAAUAGCCCGAAAACUGGCUCUUCUUCUUCUUCUUCUUCUUCCUUUUCUUCUACUCUUAAUACUACUAAACUUGAAUAUCACAAGUCUGCUGAUGGACCCGGCAACUCCACUGAAGAGAAGAAUACUGCAACUAAAGAUUCAUCUAAAGGGAAUGAUGUGAAAGCUUCAACACCUAACUAUGGGCCUAAAUUUCCUCCUAGACCGAAAAGUAGGCCUGUACCAUCCAGGCCGGUUAUCCCCUCGAUACCCUUGCCUCAUUACGGGGUGCCUAGACCAAACACGGGGGCUAAGAUUCCUGUCAGUCUCAAGAAACACUCAGCAAAUGAGAAAGUAUCAACACCAUCAAUUGGUAUCAAGCGUCCGGGUGCGUUUAGAAAGCCAGUAGCUUUUAGACCUCCAGGCACACCCGGUAUUAGAGCGAUCAAACCUUUUGAAGGAAUCUCAGCCAUCAAAAAAGCACAGUAG